UUACACCUCACAAAUAACUAAUAAUCUUUAGCCAUUCCAUGUCAACGCAAUCACCACCAUCUCCUUGGAGAUAACAAACUAAACUCAAAACUUCCUGCGCCAGAAAAAAUAUUUUCUAAAGAACAAAUAAGGAAGAGUAUUUUAGGGUUCUUUCAAAAACCAGAAAAAAAAUAUAUUUUAUCUUCCAUAUCUUGCUAAUUUCAAAGCUUCUAAUUACGGCAUUUUCCACCUUUUAUUUGUUUAAUUGAUUUUGGUUUUCUGAAAGGGAAAAAAAAAACACAUUUUCUGGGGUCCGUCGUCGAGAGAAUCGGCGAAACUAUUUGUUUUCCCGAGAAAAAUCAUCAUUCCUAGAAAGCAGCAUCAUCAGCAGAAGCACAACGGUUGUUGUAUUUUUUUAUUUCUUCUAAUCAUUUCUCGCAAUUCAAUCUAUAGAGCUUAAUCUGUAAUUUCUAUAGCGUCCUUGUGAGAAAAUCUUCGGAUUAGCUUUUUUUUUUUUUUUUAAAUUAGAAUCAAUAAUGGAGUCCUCAUCAUCAUCAUCUCCGUCCAGAGAUCUAACCAAAUGCUGCGACUGUGUAUGCCAUUCGACUAAUAAUAACAACCAAUCAUCAUCCUCCACCAAUCCCAAAGUCCACAUCGAGAACGAAUGCGAACUGCUCCGCCAAACCGUCACAAGCCAGCAGCAAUCGAUCCAGGACCUCUGCGACGAGCUCGAGAAAGAGCGUAACGCGGCUUCCUCGGCCGCGGACGAGUCGAUGAGCGUGAUGCAGAGGCUGCAGCACGACAAGGCCGAGCUUCAGAUGGAGCUGAGGCAGUACAAGCUCUACGCCGGUGAGAGGAUGGAGCACGAUCUCCAGGAGAUAUCUGCGUUGGAAGAGUUGGUUAAUCAAAGAGAGCAGGCGAUCUUGGCUCUCGAGUGCGAAGCUCAGGGCUAUAAGCAUAGGAUGAUGAGUUAUGGUAUCAUUAUGGACGGAGAAGAUGUUGUUGAUGUUGUUGAUGAUGGUUUGAUUAGUCCUGAUGGUUAUGAGUAUGAGUAUCCUUCUUUGAAGUGUAAUAAUAUAAAUGAGACUCAAGAUCUUUUAGAGGUUGAUGAUAUCUAUGUUGUUGCUGAUGAUGAUGAGAACUAUCCACCGGCCGAUUCGCCGCGUGGGAGAGUUCAUUUGAGGAGUUUGGAUCAGAGGAUUAGCCAGAUGGAGGAGACUAAUCCUAAUCCUAGCUUGGUUGGUCAGAGUCCUAGGCCUCGUCGUCAUCGACAUUUCAGAGAUGAAGCUUUUGUUGAAUCGCCUAGGUCUGAAAGAUGCAUCUCUAAGAAAGUGGAAUAUGUCUCAUCAUAUACAGAGAAUGAUGAAGAUGAAUGUAAAGGUGGCUCGUUGGAUGUAGGAGAUGAGAUGAGUGAUAGAGUUUAUACUAUUGACUCUGGCCAUGGCCAUCACAGUGGUGUGACUGAGCAGAAGCUAGAGGCUGAAACUUCCGUUGUUAACAAUGUGGUUCAACACGGUGAUCCGGAUAUAACGAAACUAUACAUGAGGCUACAGGCGCUGGAGGCUGACAGGGAAUCUAUGAAAGAAGCGCUUCUUUCUAUGAGGACCGAGAAGGCUCAGAUGGUACUGUUGAAAGAACUCGCUCAGCAUUUGUCGAAGGAAGUUGUCCCUCAACGGAGGUUGCCAGCAUCCACUGCUGGGUCAUUGACUUUUACGCCAGUCUUUAAGUGGAUCACAUCUUUUGUUUCCUGGAGAAGAAAGGCUCGUCGAAGCAAGUACAUGUAUGGGAUGUCAGCAAACAACAUGGGCCUGCAAGUGGUUCUAGAAAAGGUCCCUCGAUCACGGAAUUGGCGAUGUCUCAGGAGCACGCAAGUGUGAAACAUAAUCUAAUCCAUUCAAGCAAACAAAACCACUUUCCUGACUCUACAAUCCCAAGUCAAUUUUUGCAUUCUUUUGUCCCCAAAAUUUCAAGUGUUUGUAUAAAGAAUGGGGUUGAAGAAUGUUUUUGUAACCGAGAGGCUAUACAAUCUUUGUAUGGUUUCUUACAUGAUUUUUUUUUCUUUU